CCGCGUGGCCGCUGCACGCCCUGCCGGGGGCCGCGCGGACGCCCGACUGCCGCCGCCAGGCCCAGGACCUCCUCACGGCGCUACACAAUUUCACCUUCUGGGCCGUAGCCAUGGUCGACGCGAGUGCCAAGUUGGGCUCCGGAGUGCUGACGAACCCCACGCAGCUGGGAGACUUCGACGAGUGCGUGCUCGCCGCUCGCGGCCGCUACUGUCUGGUCCACGUCACGCUGACUGCGCCAGAAGGGUUGCCGCCCUGUCAGGGGCAACAUUGCUCAGCGUGGCAUCACAUCAGGGGGCGCCAGCACCGCCUAGAGCGGCGCCGCGACGUCUUCCGGUGGGGCGUGUGUCUGCCGCCGUCGUGCGGGCCCGACGACGCCGCCUCCCUCGUUCGUGACGCAGCGGCUCUCGCGCUGCCCCCGGAGGCGGGCGCGCACGUCGCCGUCUCCAGCGACGCCUGCCACAGCAGCGGCGACCGCGACGGCCGCCGCCUCGCGCCGCACACGCUCCUGCUGCUGGCUCUGGCGGUGUACUGUGCCGCACUGGUGAUGUGCACGCUGCGCCACUGGGGGCAGCAUCAAACCUCUGGGUCGCCGAGAGUUGCCGAGCCGUGGACGGCGUCGCUGUCGGUGUUGUCCGGCUGGCGGCAGCUGACGGAGCGCCCCUCGCCGCCCGCCGGCCACCUCUCCUGCCUGGACGGGCUGCGCGCGCUCACCUCCGCGCUCGUCGUCUUCGGGCACCGCGCAGACGCCUUCACAUCAGGGCCGCUCGUCAACGCCGACGAAAUCGAGACGCUGUACGAAGGCGUGCUGGAUGCGAUCCUCAUGAACGGCCACCUGAUCGUGGACACCUUCUUCACCAUCAGCGGCUGCCUGGUUGCACUCAAGUUGAUGGCCCUCUGGGACUCUGGUAAACCAGUCUCUCUGUCGCGCCUGUACAUCUACCGCUACCUCAGGAUGACGCCGGCGUACGCAGCGGUGUUGGUGUUCCAGCUUUACUGCCUGUACGGGCUGGGAUCGGGCCCGCUCUGGAAGCAGAAGGUAGGCCGCGAGGUGGACAACUGCCGCGCGCACCUCUGGACCAACCUGCUGCACGUCAACAACUACGUGCACGCCGACCGCCCGUGCCUGGAGCCGUCGUGGUACGUGUCGGUGGACAUGCAGCUAUUCGCCUUGGCGCCGUGGCUGCUGCUGGCGGUACGCCGCUACGGGGCGCCCGCCGGGCUCUCCGCGCUGGUGUUCGCCACGGCCGUUCCCGCCGCCGUCACCUUCUGUAGGGGGCUGGACCCCACCUUCAUACCGGACCCCUCGACUCUGGGCAACAACACGACCACGCGCACGUACUUGGAGGCAUACGUGACUACGCACUGCCGCGCCGGCGCCUUCGUGGUGGGCCUGCUGUUCGGCUGCUGGCUGCACCGCCUCAGGGCCUCAAAGGAGCGGGAGUCGCCGCCUGCCGUACUGUCCCUGUACCCACUGACAAUGCUAUCCUCACUGGGCGUUGUUUCCGUGGGUUGGCUGCUGUACCAGCCGGCGCUAUCGCUGCCGCCGUGGAUGGCCGCUGCCUACGCCGGUCUGCACAGACCUGUCUACGCUGUUGGCGUCGGCAUGCUCAUCACUGCAUGUGCCAUGGGACAAGCCGGACUGGUGGACGGCAUCCUGUCGCACCCCGUGUUCCGCGUACCGAGCCGCCUCACCUACUGCCUCUACCUGACCCACUCCGUCGCGCAGAUGGUCCACUACGCCUCUGCGAGGUCACCGGAAUACCUGUCACACAUCCACGUGGUGUGGCUGGCGAUCGCUGAUUACGUGGUUGCCAUGGGUCUGGCACUCAUGCUUCAUCUCCUGGUAGAGGCGCCAAUGCUCGCCCUCACCAGACACAUGUUCUUCAACAGAGGUACGCACGCAGCACAUUGUGUGCUUCAGUGGUAA